AAUGUAUAGACACGUUUCUGAUGCAAUAUGGUGGUACCUACACGAGGUAACUUCACGAGUGGUCGCUGAUUCUGGGAUUGCUUCAGACAAAUAUCAUAUUGGAAAAAUUUUACUACGUUGUUUAAAGGACGCGCCCGAUUACUUACUGCAGAUAGAUGGAGCAACUGAUGAGAGAGACACAUUUCAAUCGGCGCUAGAGCGUUCUGUACGAUGUGCUACUGGACUUAGGAACAUUGGCCUUGAAUAUCAAGAUGUUGUAGUCGUAAUGGCACCCAACUGCAUUGACCUGUGUAUUCCAAUAUACGCAGGUCUCUUUCUCGGCAUUGUGGUUGCAGGGAUAGACAAGAAUUUAGGAGUGAGUGAACUUCGAGAAUCGUUAGAAAUUACAGCACCAAAAAUAAUAUUCUGUGAAAACUCAAACGCAAAAACUGUUCAAGAAGCAUUGAGUUCGUUGAAAUUUUCGUGUCAUGUUAUAACAUUUGAUGAAAAAGAGGAUCAUAUGUCCUUUACAAAAUUCCUCGAUAAAUACGCUGAUGAAUUGAAUAUUGAUAAAUUUAAACCAGCAGACUUUAACCCUGAAUUGACAAAAGGCUUGUUAAUACCAACAAGUGGAUCAACAGGGUUACCAAAAUGUGCUUCUUUGACACAUGCUAAUAUAUUUAAUGGUUUCCCUACUUUCAUGGUUUGUAAUACUAAAUUUCCAACACCAUUUGACAUGAUUAUGGUAGUAUCACCGGUUCAGUGGAUUUCAGCAUUACUUCAAAUAGUAUUGUCACCAAUUUUAAGAUAUACAAGACUGCAGACAUCGUCACCAGUCACUCCUGACCACUUCUUUACACUUAUAAAUAAAUACAAGCCUGAGCAUUUUAUAACUAGCCCAAGUUUUAUGACAACACUAUUAAAGAGCAAUGAAAUAAACAAGUGUGAUUUUAGCUCAUUGAAAUACAUAUUAAUCGGUGGCAGCGCUGUUCCUGAGAAACUUUUGAAAAAAAUUGCGAAAUUAGCACCAAACGCUUGUAUGCAAAUUGCAUAUGGAUUAACCGAAGCUUCAGGUAUGGUGUCUAGCUCGGUAUAUUCCCCACCAGGCUCUGUGGGCGUUCCACUAAAAUGCUAUGAGUAUAAACUGGUUGACCUUAGCACAAAUGAAGAUAUCAAUGAACCAAAUGUACCUGGAGAGUUACGACUAAAAGGGCGGGGCGUUAUAAAGGAAUACCACAAUAACCUGAAGAUGACUGCAGCGGCGUUCGAUGAAAACGGUUGGUUUAAAACUGGAGACAUCUUCUACAGGGACGAAUAUUUUAAUUUCUACUUCGUUGAUCGAUUUAAAUUACUUUUGAAAUAUAAAUGUUAUCAGGUAUCUCCUUUAGAAAUAGAAAGAGUUAUCAUUUCACAUCCUGGCGUGCUAGACGUAGCGGUAGCCGGCAUACCUGAUGAAGAAUGUGGUGAACUACCAGUGGCUUUCGUUAUCCCUAUCGAAGGUCACAAUGUUACGGAACAAGAAAUAAAAGAUUUGGUUAAAGCGUCUCUGUCUGAUCCAAAGCAACUAAGGGGAGGAGUGGUUUUUGUCAAGGAAAUGCCUACCACUUCAACAUCUAAAAUUGACCGAGUAAAAUUGAAGCAAUGGGCGAAUAAUUUAAAAAAUAGUGAAUAAUUUUCGAAAUAAAAAUGUUAUUAAUAUAAAA